CGGUUACUCUGGUAUUAAUAUCAAGCGCACUGAUCUGUAAAGUCUGUGUGUCACGUGACAAUGUUUACCGAGCAUGCCGAGAAGCUAUCAGAGACCACCUUACUGUUACAGGAAAUGUGAUUUGUGUAUCCACCUUUGAACAUCGAGAGAUGAGUACUCUGCGACAGACAGCCAGAGAGCUUGUGAGAGUGUACGAUCACAUUCUGGAGCAGCAGAUUGUGGGUCGAGGCUGCAGCCUAGCCUGCAGAGAUGAGAAACUGUGGAAGGAGGUGGAGGGGAUGUUGAAGGAGGCGGAUGCAGUAGAGACCCACUGCCUUGGUCUGGAUCCACUCAGGGUGAUGGAGGAGUCGUUGAAGGCAGCUGCGACAUCUGCUCGAGCACUAGCCUACGGCGGGAGAGUCAAAAGCAGAGGAGGGCUUUGGGGCCUGGCUAAAGCUUUUGAGGUAUUGGAGCAGGCAUCCCUGAACCUGUACCUGGGUCCCUGGAGGGAGGAAUACAGACACAUCAAGAUGUACUCCGGUACAUUCACCCACUACAUCACACCGGUGCUGUCAAUGCCUCAAAUUGAGUACCUGUUUGGGCUGUUGGGAUACCAGCCCAGCACGACUUGGCCCGAGCAGCUCUGCCUCUCGUCGCCCAAAGUCAGCCCUGCUUUUAUGGACGACCUCCUGCGUUUGUCUUGUGCCUUCUUUUUAGCCCGCUGUGAGUGUCACCUUCUCCUGUCAGCCCUGGGGAGGCACGUCGGUGAUGCCCAGUGGGAGCUGAGCAUGGUGAGGGAACGGCAGAGAGGAAACAGCCUGCAGGUUGCUCUUGACAACACCAGGAAGAAUCUUGAAGUCAGCCAGCCGCCGUUGGAGCCGGUUGUUGAAGAAAUUGAUAUUUACGGAGAGGAGUGGGUCAAAGGGGAGCAGAAUAAGGCGGCUGUUGUUGAUGAGGAGAGUCCCUCCCCUUUAACCAACGGUGCGAGUUGCAUGUCCCAACCAGUGGAUGCAGGCAUUAGUAGAAGUCCCUCGUCCAGGAAGGGUAAAAGCAAGCAUUCGUGUGAGGAAUCGGAGUCUGCUAAAACAGACUCAAAGCAGAUUGAUGCUUCUGGGCGGAACGAGGCUCAGCCUGAUGCCAACCACUCCUGCAGCUGCCUCCAAUCUCUUGUUUUACUUAAAUACUGCCUUGAAUGCAAUGCCUUUCACGAUCUCACCUGUACCUUUAUUAGUGUUUGCAAGAAGAGAGGCCAUAGAGUAGAGUUUGCUGACAGCCUGCCGGGGAGAAUGGAUGACGGACGUGAGAGCGGGCCGCCUAGUGAAAUCUUCAAAGAAGAUGCAGCAAACAGUCCAACUAGCAGCAGUGUAGCCGUACCCUCCUCUGCUGUGUGUGAUGAUGCUAAAUCACCGAGCCUCUCUGUUGAGCCAAUCAGAUACCACAGCUGCUGUGACCUUGCCAAGCCAGAUCCUCGGGUCCUGUGUCGCAGCUGUAACGUCUUCCAUUCCCGUGCUUGUGCGGAGGGGAAGUCGUGCCAGAAAAACCACACAGUCAGUGAGUUGGGAAUGUGCACUUGUGGGCUGUUUUGUGCCAGAAAUCCUUUGGUUCUGUGUCGAUAUUGUGGGAAAGAGUAUUGUACCCAAUGCUGGUUCAGAAAUCCCGUUAGUUGUCACUGCGGCCAAACGUUUGACCAGUCAUCUUCUGUGUGAUUGUGUGUCGGAAAGGUUUCGCACUGCCGCGGCACGUUCAGCAGAUUUAGUGUGCCUUAAAUCUGCGAUGAGGUCAACAGGUUUGCCUUUAAUGCAGAGCUACGUGUUCUUCUGUAAACGCUCACCCUUUGUGCGUCUGUUGUUUUAGUCAGCUGCCAAAUCCCACCACAAUAAGCCUUUUGUAAAGGAUGCCCUGUUGGGGUGCUUCGAAGCCACUUUGAUGCGAAGCACAUUGGAGUUUGUUUUUUAUGUGUGCCGUUUGGAAUAAAAAAGUUAUUUCACACUUUGUGUAUUUUAUAAUGUUUGAGUUAGUUUAGCAUGAGUGAAUUAUUGACUGCUUGUAUUGUUUUUGUCAUAGAAAUGCAAAAGUUUAUGCCACAAUUUUUAUAAUUGUUUUUCUAUUUUAAAACACCAAAGAGCCGUAAUGAAUGACUAUUGAGAACUUUGAUAUUUAUUUACGAAGUGUUGGAUGAUUUUGCUCAUUAAUCAACCGUAUUGUGGAUAAUUCUUGCAGAGAAAUCAACUAAACCUACGACUAACAAGCUGCAAAUAAACUUCUCAGUCUCAUGCA